CACAGAGAAGAGGGAGGGGGGAGAAACGCAGAGGGAGGGAGAGAGAAGGACAGAGCUCGGAAGAGUCGCCAUUUGUUGACUUGUCCGUGCGGAAAACCCUAAUUCCCAAAUCGCCUCCGCAAACUCCCCAAUUCCCAAACCCAAACCCCGGAAUUCGAAUUGGAUCCCCCUCCCGGAUCGGGAAAUGGGGAUCGCCUCGCAAGACGCGAUCAAGCAGCUCUCCGCCCUCAUGGAGCAAGUGGAUGAGGCGCAGAAGAACACGUUUCAGAAUAUGCACCAAGGUUAUCCAACAGAAACCCUGAUUCGCUAUCUUAAGGCUAGGGAAUGGAAUGCCCCGAAAGCUCAUAAAAUGCUGGUGGAUUGUUUGAAUUGGAGGAUACAAAAUGAGAUUGAUGACAUAUUAUCUAAACCUAUCAUCCCAACAGAUUUGUACAGAUCAAUACGUGACUCGCAACUUAUCGGAUUAUCUGGGUACUCAAAGGAGGGCCUUCCUGUGUUCGCAAUUGGUGUUGGGCUUAGUACGUAUGACAAAGCAUCAGUCCAUUACUACGUGCAAUCACAUAUUCAGAUCAAUGAGUACCGAGAUCGUGUGGUUUUGCCCAAUGCGACAAAGAAGUAUGGGCGGCACAUAGGCACUUGUUUCAAAAUUUUGGAUAUGACUGGUCUAAAGCUCUCAGCUAUGAGCCAAAUAAAGUUAUUGACCGCAAUAUCCACUGUUGAUGACCUGAAUUAUCCGGAGAAGACGGACACUUAUUACAUAGUUAAUGUACCUUAUAUAUUUUCAGCGUGUUGGAAGGUUGUGAAGCCUCUUUUGCAAGAAAGGACAAGAAGGAAAGUAAAAGUUUUGCAAGGAUGUGGCAGGGAUGAGUUGUUGAAGGUUAUCGACAACGAAUCCCUUCCCCAUUUCUGUAGAAGAGAAGGUUCCGGAUCGUCGCGCUAUUCAUCAGACAAAGCCAACGACUGCUUCUCGUUGGACCACCCAUUCCACCAGCAACUGUACAGCUACAUGAAGCAGCAAGCGAUGGGGCCGGACUCGGUCGCACCGAUAAAACAAGGAUCCUUUCAUGUCGACGUGCCCGAGCCCGCCCUAGAAGACGCAAAAAUUGUUAAAAGGAUCGAGUCCGAGCUCCACAAAAUAAGCGGGGAGUGCAACGGGCUCACGCACACCCUCAGUGACGUGAAAAUAGAUGCUGCAUAAAGAGAGGGGGGGGGAAAAAAUAUGCUAACUAGGAAUACUAUUUGAAUGGUUCUCUUUUGCAUAUAUACCCCUACGAAUAUACGGAUUUUCAUAAAUAACCCUGCAAAGUUGGUAUUUAUGUGUUCGCGCCCUUGCAAACCUUGUUUAUCUGCAUGUGUGGCCUUUUAUUGCAAACACAAAUAAACAUGGGCUUUGUUGGGAGACGUAUGCGAGAUAUCGACUUUGCGACGGUACUUAGCAAGUUUGCAUAUCUGCAGUGGUAUGUAUGCGAAAAGUGCCGAAUCAAAAAGUAUGGUAGCUAAUUUCUUCAUACACCAAGGUGGUUCUAUCAUUAAACCAAACCAAUGAUGUUCUUCUUUCUUUGAAUGUUUUGGCCCCAGAAGGUGUAUUGGGCAUAUAGUAGCAGUAAUAGUAGUGGUAAGUUCUCGCAAUUCCCCAAUUCGGGGCUUUUUACUUUGGAGAAAAAGAAAAGAAAAGAAAAAGAAGCAGCUUGAAGAAGAAAUGAAAACUUGUAAUAGAUUAAGCAGGUAAGCAGAAACUUGGGAAUUUCUUGUAUUUUAUUAUGUGAUCUUCAGAUGAUAUGGUGAUUAUUUGGUUACUUCCAUGUUUACCUUGAA